AUGACUACUGCAUCCGCCGUAAGCGAAAGAGGUGAUAUAGAAGACUUGUCUCCCAAUUCGGCUGAAAUUGAUUGUCCAUCUACAUCCGCUAGAGUUGAAGAAAGCAACAAAUAUAUACCCAAGGAUUCAAUUGAAACUGAGGAUGGAAUAAACGAGACAGGUCAGUUAGAUCAUGAGGUUGGUGGUGACACGAUUGAGGAGCCCAAGUCGAAAAUGGAGUUUAACUCUUUUGAAGAAGUAAUGACUUAUUACAAGCAGUAUACUAAGAAUAUUGGGUUUGGGGUGAUGACAAGAAGGACUGAGAAGGGAGAUGAUGGGACUGUCAGAUAUGCCACACUCGGUUGUGCCCGUGGUGGGAAAGCCCGUAAUAGAACGUUGAAUGUUGUCAGGCCACGGCCGACAGGCAAAACGGAGUGUAAGUCCCAUAUUAAUGUCUUAAAGGUAGAUGGAAAGUAUCAGUUGACAACAGUUAAUAACACCCAUAACCACGGGCUCAGUCCCAAAAAAUCCCGUUUUUUCCGAUGUAACAGAGAAGUUAGUGACUCUGUAAAAAGAGUCUUAGAUACAAAUGAUCUGGCCGGAAUCCGAAUGAAUAAGAGUUUCGGAUCUCUUGUCGUUGGCGCGGGAGGUUUCGAAAACCUACCCUUUUUGGAAAAGGAUUGUCGGAAUUACAUCGAUAAGGCAAGACAUUUACGACUUGGCGCUGGUGGUGCUGGUGCGCUUCGGGAAUAUUUUGAACGGAUGCAAUACAAGAAUCCUGGGUUCUUUGCGUCGAUGGAUUUAGAUGACGACGGGAGGUUGAAGAAUGUCUUCUGGGCAGACCCCCGUAGUAGGGCAGCCUAUGACUCUUUCGGUGAUGUGGUUACAUUUGACACCACAUAUCUGACGAAUAGAUAUGGGAUGCCAUUCGCACCAUUUGUUGGUGUAAACCACCACGGCCAGUCAACUCUUCUGGGAGCAGGAUUGAUAUCCACUGAGGAUACGACAACAUUUGUGUGGUUAUUCAAGACCUGGUUACAGUGUAUGGAUGGUAUAGCUCCUAGAGCUAUUAUCACAGAUCAGGACAGAGCAAUGAAGAAUGCUAUUGCUAUUGUCUUUCCACAGAGUCGACAUCGAUUUUGUUUGUGGCAUAUACUGAAAAAAGUUCCUGAGAAGCUUUCCUCCUAUUCUGCCUACAAAAGUGGGAUGAAAAAUGCUUUGAUGAAAUGCGUGUAUGACACUCAAAAUGUUGCAGAGUUUGAAAGCGCUUGGGAGCAAUUAAUCAGCACUUACAAGUUGGAGGAGAAUGCGUGGCUGAAAAGUUUAUACACUGAGCGUGAGCAUUGGGUACCGGCAUUCUUGAAAGAUACUUUUUGGGCGGGGAUGAGUACAACGCAGCGGAGCGAGAGCAUGAAUGCUUUCUUUUAUGGUUAUGUUCACGCGAAGACAAACUUGAAAGAGUUUGUCGACCAUUUUGACAACGCAUUGAAGAAGAAAAUUGAGAAUGAAAAUAACGCUGACUUUCACUCAUUUAGCGUGACCAUUCCUUGUAUAUCUAGAUUUCCGAUCGAAAAGAAGUUUCAAGAAUUAUACACGAAUGCAAAAUUCAGGGAAGUCCAGCGAGAAUUGCAAUGUCUAAUAGAUUUGGCUCCAGAAUUACUUAAGAGAGAUGGUGGUGUCAAGACGUAUCUUGUUGAGGAUGAAGUUCAUGUGGAAGACUUCACUAAGCUAGUGACAUAUUCAGUGGACUUUAGUGAUGUGGAUACAGCUGCAAACUGUUCGUGUGGGCUAUUUCAGAUGAGGGGUAUACUGUGCAGGCAUAUUUUGGUUGUUUUUAAAUGUAAUGGUAUAAAAGCUUUUCCAAAACAGUAUAUUUUAGACAGAUGGAUGAAGGACAUUAAGAGGAGGUACACGUUAAUCAACAGCAGCUAUGACCAAGGGGCUCAGCGAGCAGAUGCUAACAGAUAUUCUACUUUGUUGAAUAUAUGUUAUAAGAUGAUUACUCACGCUGCGGGUUCAAAAAAACAUACUGAGGAUGCUACACAGAAGUUGUAUUCAAUGAUUGAGUUAUAUAGUGACAACCAAGAACCUCCAUCAAGAACAUGCACGGGAUCCAAUGUUGUUCCUUCGAUACCGGAUGUUUCUACAUGUGCGGGUUCAGAUAAAGUACUCAGUCCAUUGAUAGUAAGAGGGAAAGGCAGACCACCAUCUCUGAGGAGAGCAUCGACCAUGGAAAAAGAGAUAAGGAAAGUACGGGCGAAGGCCAAGAAUGCAACAGUCAAGGGAAAACGUAAACAGAGAGAUGGAGGAGAUACACCAUUGCCGGACACUUGCCGGAAUUUAUUUGGCCCGUCAGAUAAAGAUACUUGUGAUGUUGGAUUGUCGCAACUUGUUGAAGAAAGCUCAAUUCUGGAAAAAUGUCGAACCCAGCGCCAAGGAUCAAUGAUCGGGAGUCAAGAAAUGGUGAAAUCUGGCACGAUGAGAAAGGGGGAAGCACACGGAAAGGCAAAAUCGAAGGAACCCAAAACUCAAAUCGAUUUUCUCUGCUACGACGGCCUUAUCCCUGCCCUAAAUUCAUCCAGGAUGGUGCAAGAAUUCAAGACUAACGAAGAUGUACCCAAAAAGAAUGGGGAAGGAGAGCUGGCGGCUGAGCAAAGGGGUAUAGUGGUGAUCCAAGGAAGGAGCAGUGACAAGGUUGGCCUGGCUUCAAAGUGGCGAGGCUGUUGGAUGAAACGGACGCUGUGGGUUGCGGGGAGGCCGUGA